AUGUCAAACACGCGUUUGAGCACGAGCCUGGGGCCGAGAGCUAAGAGAGGGUCUGUCAGCCAGUUGUCACAAAAGAAAAAAACGCCGGAUGGUCAUGGCCUGGAGAUUGAGCCAAAUGCAAGAAGUACGUACAUAGCGUGUGUGCUGCAUGGGCGAAAUUGGGAACGCGGAAGGGCUAAGAGGCUCCCGGGUUAUGAGGCUGGGCUUUUUGGUGGAGAGCCCGACGCAGGGAAUCAUGGCCGAGUCUAUCAUUGGUUUUGGCUUAUGGAUGGCUUUUUGUAUGAUCUGAGCCCGGAUCAUCGCGAACCUCUGGAUUUUAAUCCGGGAUGUGACCUGUUCCUUUCGCCGGAUUGA